CCACGGUGGCGCUGCAAGUUAAAACGGCCACGCCUCCGCUCACCACCGCCGCACAUCUCCCCUACCCUCCACAGAAACCGGAACCCCCGUUUGCUCGCGCGUCGGCUGGUUUCAGGUUCCGCCGCCCUGCCUGAUUCUCCCGAUCCCCUUCCGAGUUUUGCUGCCCGGCAUGGCUGCUGAAUCCGAGAGCUGCAACUGCAGUGCCUGGGCAGCAAAUGAUCCUUCUGGAGUACUCUCCCCUCACAGUUUCAACCGUAGGGCUGUACGACAUGAUGAUGUUUCUUUGAGGAUCACACACUGCGGUGUCUGUUAUGCUGAUGUUCAGUGGACAAGAAAUUUGCACCAUGACUCGGUGUACCCUUUAGUCCCUGGGCAUGAGAUUGCUGGAGUUGUAACCGAGGUUGGUUCGGACGUCAAGGGCUUCAAACCGGGCGACCAUGUGGCUGUUGGGACAUACAUUAACUCAUGCCGUGACUGUGACAACUGCAAUAACCUCCUCGAGAACCACUGCUCAAACUUUGUUUUCACUUUCAACGGUGUUGAUACGGACGGUACUGUCACAAAGGGAGGAUAUUCCACUCACAUUGUAGUUCAUGAACGGUACUGCUAUAAAAUACCUGAUGGCUACCCACUGGACAAGGCCGCACCUUUAGCUUGUGCUGGGAUCACUGUGUAUACACCGAUGAUCCGGCAUAACAUGAACCAGCCGGGGAAGUCACUUGGGGUUAUUGGUCUUGGUGGGUUGGGUCACAUGGCAGUGAAAUUUGGGAAAGCCUUUGGACUGAAUGUGACAGUUUUGAGUACAAGUGAAUCGAAAAGAGAUGAAGCUAUCAACCUUCUUGGUGCAGAUAAUUUUGUGGUAUCAUCAGAUAAAAACCAGAUGGAGUUCCUGAAAAAUUCUCUGGAUUUCAUUGUCGAUACUGCCUCUGGUGACCACCCAUUUGACCCUUAUCUCGCGCUUCUGAAAGUUCGUGGCACAAUGGCACUAGUUGGCUUUCCUGGCGAAAUCAGAGUGCAUCCUGCAACACUUAAUCUGGGUGCACGGACUCUAUCUGGCAGUGUAGUUGGAGGCACAAAGGAUACCCAGGAGAUGAUAAAUUUCUGCGCGGCAAACAGAAUAUACCCAAAUGUUGAGGUGAUAAAAAUAGACUACAUCAACGAGGCUCUCGAGAGGCUUGUCAACCGGGAUGUGAAGUAUCGGUUUGUAAUCGACAUAGAGAGCUCUUUCAAGUAAUAUCUUUCGCGGUUGGCACAUUUUCGAAUCCUUAUAAAAGUGUGUAGAAUAAAGUUGAAUCUUCCAAACAAUCGCGGCUGACUGGUAAUAGAGGGCUUUCCUCUGUAAUGUUCUGGUAUGCUUUCCGGUCCGUGAUAGAAGAUUGUUGUGAAGAUAUGUAUUGCUUUCAGAAAAUAUGUAAAUAGACCUCCUAUGGAUGCUCAAUUAUUGUAGUAUCAAAUUUUCUGAA